AAACGUCGAAUACAUUUAUCAAACUCACAGAACAUUCCAUGGCGAUGAAGAGUUCAAGCAAACCUUCAUGAAAGCACAAGAAGCGAUAAAUAAAGGCAUUCAUCCUGUACUCAUUCCAGUCGGAAGUUCAGGAUCUUACUAUGUUCGAGACGCAAAUUUAGAAAACAUUGCCGUUUUCAAACCCUCCGAUGAAGAACCAUUCGCGGCACUGAACCCUAAAUGGCCAAAAUUUUUCCAGAG